AUGAUUGCACCAAUGUGAAGUGGACCACUGAACGCCGCCCGUCGUUGCCCAUAACCGCCGGCAUUCCGCCAUGGCAGACGGCUUCUCUUCUCUCUCUAAAGCCUCCUAGUCAACAUCUCAGUCUCUCUCUCCCUCUCCGAUGUAUGCGAAGUGGGCCAAUCAGGAUCGAGGGGCUCCACCGUAGAACCAGAACCAGAAAAAGCGGGAACCAAGUUUUUUUCGAAAUCCCCACAAAAAGGGCUUCUAACUGCCACCUCCACGUCUCUGGAAAGGAAUUCCAAAAAAGUAGAAAAACAAAAAGCAAUGGGAAAAGAGCGAAAGGAAUCCCCUGCAGAUGCAAUCACCAGUACCUUCCAGAGAGAAGACGAAGACGAGGACUUUGAUCUCGGAUCUGAAGAGCCGGAGGUCCCAUUACCUCUCACCGUCACUUCUAGGCAGGUGUUGUAUAUGUUGGGGGAUAUCGCAGCUGGGCCGCCGUAUCGAUUCUCGCAAUGGCUGGAAGUGGUUCGUAAACGCAGGGGCAGAAAUCGAUCAUCCGGCUUCCCCCACCGUUCUCACCCUCUCGAUCCUCCUAUGCCAUCGAGUGCAGGAAACUUGAUUUUGGAUUCAAAAAGUUCUCCACCUUCUGAGCAAGCUACAGAAAUCAGUUUGUGGGAGAGACUUGGAAAAGCUGCUAUGUUGGACAUUGAGCCAAAUUCCUUUUCAUGGGACAUGCUUUCUUCACUUCACCACACUGAGCAUAGUAGUAGCACUGAGCAGUCAGAGGAUGAAAUCAACAAACCCUUAGAGGUCACUGUAAACUCUGGGGGAGUUGUCUUUUUUGCUCUAUUCAACCAACCUGUGUUUGAUGAAUCUUCCUGUAAGGAAGCAGCUGCCGUUAUCAAGAUAUCAUCUUCAAGGAUGGCAACACAGUCUGAACGCCUAGGUUAUGAAUUUGCAAAGUGGCUAGGAGUCCGAACUCCUCAGGCCAGAGUUAUCCACAAUUCAAGUACAGAAUGGUUGCGGAUAAAGGAAGCAGCUGAGAAAGCAAGAGAUGCAUCAAUUUUACUAGGAGAUGACGGUGAAUUGACCUGUCCAGAACUUUUGGAAGCUCUUGAGCUGAGCCGAUGUCUUUUUUUGAUGAAUUAUGUACAUGGGUCUCCUCUGUUGGAUAGUUCCAAUGCUUUUGAUUCACGAGAAGCUGCAGAGAGGACAGCAGCAGCCCUUGGAAGGAUCUUGAUGUUGGACCUAGUCAUCCGAAAUGAAGAUAGGCUUCCAUGUCGUCAGCUCAGAUGGCGUGGAAAUUCUGCGAAUUUAUUGUUGGCUGACAAAAUUGCAUCAGUAAAUAUGGAUAUAUUGGAGGAAGCCUUUGAUUCAGCAGUUAAGAGAUAUAGGCCAAGAGUAAUUCGAGCUCUUCAGAAAGAAAGAAGAACAACUUCAGAUGAUAGCAGAUUGAGCCCUACUAAAUCAGCACUGACACCUCACACCUCAGAACUUUCUGAUAUUAUAGAAUCACCCAAAUCCAGCAACAUCAGCCUAAGAAGUCAAUCUUCAAAUGCAUCAACAGUGUCUGACUUUCAUGUAGUGGCCAUUGACUCUCUUGUUCCACGUCGACCACCUGCAGGAAAACGUGCAAAUGAUCAUGAAACUUAUCCCAAGCUGGUUGAGCUCCUUAUCAACAGUUCUAACUAUUCCUCAAAUCUGUUACAUGAGAUAACUGGAGGGAGAUUAGGAUAUCCAGCAGAUGAUGCUGAUAUGGUGACUGAUAUACGUUUGACUGACAUGACUUCAGUUGUUCAUGAAUUUCGGAGUGGAUUCCGUGCAGCUCUCAGGGACUUGCAGGGGUUUCAUAUAUUCUUACUUACACUUCACCAAAAGUUAGAUAGCCUAUUACGGGCAUUUUUGAGCAUUAUAAACAGAAGUUCCUCAGAGGAUCUUGACAAAGAGGAUUUAGUGGUUUCAGAGUCUUCUUCACAAGUUCCAGUACUGGGCAUUCAUUGUCCCUCACCACCAAGUAAAGAACGUCCUAUUAAUGACAACCAUCCUGAUGUAAAUGAUCAAGAGUUUCAGAGGACAGCUCCAAAGUCAUCAUGUAAAGAAGGGUUGGAUUCUUUUUCCCCUAUGUCACGAGAUAGUUCUCAUGGAAAGUUCAAUAAAGGAUGCGGGGAACCACUUCAUAGCUUGCGUAUGACAUCAAAGCUUCGUGACUUCCAUAAAUUUGCCAAGGUUGAUGUGGAACUAAACAAAGAAUUGGAGCAAUGGAAUGACAUGCUUAGAAAUGACGUUGUAAAACUAUGCCAGGAGAACAAUUUUAAUACAGGAUUUUUUGAGGGUAAUGAAAACAAUAGUGUUGUUGAUGCUUAUGAGUUAAAGGUCAGACUUGAGCAUAUACUUGAGAGGAUACAAUUAAUAUCAGAUGCAGCAAACACGGAGAAGCCAUCAUUAAUUUCAGGUAGCCUCUUUAUUGGUGGAGCCCUAGCUGCAAGAUCUAUUUACACACUGCAGCAUUUGGGUGUCACACAUAUAUUAUGCUUAUGCUCUAAUGAAAUUGGGCAGUCAGAUUCUCAAUAUCCUGAGUUAUUCGAGUACAGAAACUUCUCUAUAAAUGAUGAGGAAGAUACAAACAUCAGUAAUAUCUUUGAAGAAGCACAUGAUUUUAUUGAUCACGUUGAGAAAACAGGCGGAAAGGUUUUGGUUCAUUGCUUCGAAGGGAGAAGCAGAAGCACAACUGUAGUUCUGGCCUACAUGAUGCUCCGGAAGAACCUGACACUUCUCGAAGCAUGGAAUAAACUGAAACGAGCGCACCGUAGAGCCCAGCCCAAUGAUGGGUUUGCUAAGAUUCUGUUGGAGCUAGAUAAGAAGUUGUAUGGGAAGGUUUCCAUGGAAUGGCAACAUAGGAAACCAACUAUGAAAGUGUGCCCCAUUUGUGGAAAGAAUGCCGGCUUGAGCAGUAGCUCAUUGAAGCUCCAUUUGCAGAAAGAACACAAGAACCUAUCAUCAGGGAGCGUGGACAGUGCCAUGACGAUGGAAAUACAAAAGGCUUUGAGUGUGCUGAAGAUGAAUCGAAGUGUCAGCCCCACACAGAGGCAAUCUAAUUCAUUGAUGGAUGAAUAACGAACUGUAAGCUUUCUUUCUUUGCAAAAUGUAACCAAUGCAUGCCUGAAAGAAGGGUGCUGCUUGGUUGGCCUCGUCUUCGUUGAUGAUUUAUUAGGAAUGCAAUCCCAAAGCUUCCAAAAUAGAAUUAGAACUUGUUCGUGGGUCAAACGCCAGCACUGGAAAUGUCAGUUGUACUGGAUGGAUAUUGAUUGCGCAAAUGAGCAACAGGCCACAGCUAAAGAUUGUUUUGAGACAGUAAGCACUGAAGUUUCUCAGCUGACUGUUUUGUAAAUUUUAAGAAUGAUGCUUGACAGUGUACUAAAUACCAUGAGACGGGAGCAUUUAUAUGAAUAUUGAUUCUUGUCUUGUAUAUACUACUUGGACUACCAAAAAAAAAAACUUGUAUUAAAAUGGAAAACCAAUUACUACAGUUGAGAUCGGAAUAAGACUUUGCUGCAGUUGGUCACCAAUCG